GUAACCCACCUCUCUGCAAUUCCCGCUAGGUAUAUAAACAGCCUCAUCAAUGCGGUCUCCUCUCUCUCUCUCUCUCUCCCUCUCGAUUCUACAGUUUCGUAGUCAAGCUCAAGAAAGCCAAGCAUUCUGUUCUUGUCAGCUCGCGUUUCCAAGAUCCACAUGACAAAUUGUUGAAAGCUCAAACAGAGUAAAAAUUUCGUGCAGUUCGAACGCACUAGAGCUUCUAGAUUUGUAAAAUUCGUACUUUGACUGGGGAAAUCUGAGAUACAAGGGAUCAAAAUGUGUUUAAUCUUUGGUCGGUGAAGUGGGAAUAUACUAUUAUUUACUUUCCAUGCUGUACUUGUGGAGAUAUUUUGGGGGUUUUUUUGGCAUGGGUUUUGUUUUUGGAUCAUAUUAACUGGGUUGAGCCUAAUUGUUUUUGUACAUACAUACCCUAGUUAGGUCUGGCUCUUGAGAGCUACUUAGACUCCAGCCACCAGGGGGUGGUGCCCCACAUGGUACCUUCUCGAGUGGCUGGAGUGUUAACCCAAUCUUCCUCAAGUUCUGGAAUAUUCUUCCAGGGAGAUGGGCAGUCCCAGGUUGUAGUUAAUUCUCACUUGAGCUCGUCUUUUGGGAACUCCUCUAAUUCAAUUCCUGGACAUGGCCGUUCAAAUCUGGGUCUUGUUUCGGGGGAUAUGAGCAAUGCUGCGUUGAACGGUGUGGCGAACUCUGGACCAAGUGUUGGUGCAAGUUCUUUGGUGACAGAUGCGAACUCUGCACUUUCAGGAGCUCCCCGUUUACAAAGAAGCGCCAGCAUCAAUACGGAGUCUUACUUGCGUUUACCAGCAUCUCCUUUGUCAUUCUCAUCCAAUAACAUUAGCAUUUCGGGCUCUUCAGUUAUGGACGGGUCUUCUGUAGUGCAGCAAAACUCUCAUCAAGACCAGAAUGCACAACAUGUGCAGCAGAAUCAGCGACAGCUGCAGGGGGCUUCAAGUGCUAUGUCAUUACCCACAUCACAGACUGGCCAAGCUUCCCUUUCCAUGGGUGCACGAGUUGGAGCUUUUAUUCAAGAUCCAAAUAAUUUAUCCCAGGUGCAGAAGAAACCCCGGCUGGAUAUCAAGCAAGAAGAUAUCUUACAGCAGCAGGUUUUACAUCAGCUACUGCAGAGACGGGACACCAUGCAAUUACAGGGCCGUAACCCACAGUUUCAAGCGUUGAUUCAGCAGCAGAGAUUACGGCAACAGCAACAGCUUCUGCAGUCUAUGCCACAGUUGCAGAGAGCCCAGUUGCAGCAACAGCAGCAGCAGAUGCAGUUGAGGCAUCAGCUGCAACAACAAGCAAUGCCGCCGAUAUCAGGUGUGAAGCGCUCUUAUGACAGUGGUGUAUGUGCUCGCCGGCUGAUGCAAUACCUAUAUCAUCAGCAGCAACGUCCACCACAUGAAAAUAGUAUUUUGUACUGGAGGAAGUUUGUGGCAGAGUAUUACUCUCCUCGUGCAAAGAAAAGAUGGUGCUUGUCAUUAUAUGAUAACGUGGGGCAUCAUGCACUUGGUGUUUUUCCCCAGGCAGCUAUGGAUGCUUGGCAGUGUGAUAUCUGUGGUUCCAAAUCUGGAAGGGGAUUUGAGGCAACGUUUGAAGUACUUCCUAGACUUAAUGAGAUCAAGUUUGGCAGUGGGGUCAUUGAUGAGCUUCUCUUCUUGGACUUGCCACGGGAAUGUAGAUUUGUUUCUGGAAUAAUGAUGUUAGAAUAUCGAAAAGCUGUCCAAGAGAGUGUUUAUGAGCAACUUCGUGUUGUUCGUGAAGGUCAGCUUCGUAUCAUAUUCACACAUGAUCUGAAGAUAUUGUCUUGGGAAUUUUGUGCACGGCAGCAUGAAGAACUUCUUCCUCGUAGGCUGGUUGCACCACAGGUGAAUCAGUUGGUUCAGGUUGCGCAGAAAUGCCAGAGUACAAUUGCUGAAAGUGGAUCUGAUGGGGUUUCUCAGCAGGAUCUACAAACAAACAGCAAUAUGGUACUGACAGCAGGGCACCAGCUUUCAAAGAGUUUGGAGUUACAGUCUUUGAAUGACUUGGGUUUUUCCAAAAGAUAUGUGAGGUGUUUGCAAAUCUCUGAAGUUGUCAGUAGCAUGAAAGAUCUGAUAGAUUUCUGUCGUGAGCACAAAGUCGGGCCCAUUGAGGGCUUGAAAAAUUAUCCCCGACGUGCCUCUGUAGCCAAGCUCCACGAGAUGCAUAAGAUGCAGGAGAUGGAGGAACUAGCAAAUGUUCAGGGUCUUCCAACUGACCGGAGCACCCUCAAUAAGCUAAUGGCAUUGCAUCCCGGACUGAAUAACCAAAUAAGCAACAGUCAUAACAUGGCUGGCCGAGGAGCUUUAAGUGGUUCGGCACAAGCUGCUCUGGCACUGACCAGUUACCAGAAUAUUCUCAUGAGGCAGAACUCUAUGAAUUCAAAUCCUAACUCAGUUCAACAUGAGGCGUUGUCUCCCUUCAAUAAUUCUAAUCGGAGUCCAUCUUCAAGCCUCCAAGGGGCAGCUACUUUAAUAUCAGGAUCCAUGCAGAAUUCACCAUCUAGUGGCUUUUCAAGUCCCCAUUUACCUCCCCAGCAGCCGCAGCAGCCACAGCAACGCUCGCUUAGUGCUUCUAACACAUUCCAACAAAAUCAUCCACAGACCUCCCAGGGCAACGAGGCCUUGCAACAGAAGAUGAUCCAGCGACUGUUUCAGAUGUCUAACAACAGUGGAGUGCAACAGCAAUCAUUUUCCGGGCCAAACAUAAAUGGAAGUGUGGCAAGAAAUGGAUUGGAAUUUGGAGGCAACCCUAAGGCAACAGCUAUGGCCACCUUCAACACAGCAUCGGGAAGUAAUGGACCUGCUCCAAGUCGGAGUAACAGUUUCAAAGCCGCUUCGAACAGUGACUCGGCAGUGGGUGGCAGCAAUGGAUUUAACCAUAGAUCUCCAGAUAUGUCAGAGAAUCUACAUCUCCCGGAUGAUAUAGUAAUGCCGUAUAUUGCCCAUGACUUCACGGAAAACGGGUUUUUAAAUGGCGACUUCGAUGAUAAUUUGAGUUAUGGCUGGAAGGGGUGACUAACAUAAUUUGUUUCAAUCAAUUUAUUCGCUGCUGCGGGAGGCAAGUGUCCAUCACAUCUGUUUGUACAGGAUCUUGGGUUCUUUCUCUUUUUCUUUUUCCCUAUUAAUUGCAGAAUUUGUCGUAACAUCACGCACUUGUUCCCCAAGUAGGUAUUUAGACGUCUAUUUCUGUGGCAAUCUGUCUCCAAAUCUUGCAAGUGUAAUCUAUUGGUCAAAACCUUAAACUACAUUUUCCUAUUAAUAUGAUAUUUACAUGUCUCA